GCGUCUUCCCUUCGCGUCACCGCGUCGCGUCCAAUCGUGGGCUGUGGAGAAACGCGUCGCGCUGCUGGACCCCGCGCUGAGCGUCAGUCUGCUGGAGACGCGCUGCGGAACGAGAGUGUGCUGAAGCUGAGGACGCCGCAGUCAUCCGCAGCAGCUCCUGAUGUCUUAAGAUCUCCUGUAGUUGAAGAUCGCCGCGGCCAUCCAGCCCAGAGCCAUGACCCACACUUCCUGCUGCGUUCUGCUGAGCAUCAUGCUCACGCUCACCUGCCAUUUUUGGUCAGUGUGUGCAGAUUUCCCAGCAGUUUUUGGAGACGAGUCGUCAGGAUUCGGGCCUGUGUUCGAGGAGCAGCCCGUCGACACCAUUUACCCUGAAGAGUCUUCAGAAGACAAGAUCAUCAUGAGCUGCAGGACACGAGCAAACCCAGCGGCCACAUACAGGUGGAGGCUGGACAACACAGAGGUUGUUUUUGGAAGUGAUGAUCACUACAGCCUGAUGGGAGGAAACCUCGUCAUCAACUUCCCCGACAAGAGCAAGCAUGCUGGGAACUACUCGUGUGUGGCCAGCAAUGAGUUCGGGACACUCGUCAGUCAGAGAGCCUCUGUUCAGUUCGGAUACCUGGACAUGUUUUCCUCGGACGAGCGGGAGGCGGUCUAUGUGAAGGAGGGGCAGGGGGCGGUGCUUCUGUGUGCUCCGCCUCCACACUUCCCAGAGGAUCUGUCCUUCCGCUGGAUGCUCAAUGAGUUUCCUGAGUUCAUUGCUCUGGACAAGCGGCGCUUCGUGUCUCAGACCACCGGGAACCUCUACAUCUCCACCGUACGAGCGUCAGAUAGUGGGAACUACUCCUGCUUCGUCUCCAGUCCCUCCAUCGCCAAGAGCGUCUUCAGCAAGUUCAUCCCGCUGGUGCCCAUCGCCGAGCGUUCUCUGAGGAAAUAUCCCGCUGAUAUCAAAGUCAAAUCUCCAGACACGUACACGCUGCUGGGGCAGAACAUCACGCUGGAGUGCUUCGCUCUGGGAAACCCUAUCCCUCAGAUCCGAUGGAGGAAGGUGGAUGGCGAUCUGCCGGUCCAGCGCCACAACAUCAGUAUGUCAGGAAGUCUCCUUCAUCUUUAUGACAUCCAGUAUGAGGACGAGGGUUUAUAUGAGUGUGAGGCCGACAACUCCAAAGGCAAAGACAGACACAAAGUGCAUCUGUAUGUGGAGGGAGCUCCUGAAUGGCUGGAGAAGAUCAGCAGCUCGGAGAGAGACAUCGGAGGAGAUUACAUCAUGUCCUGUCAGGCCAGCGGGAAACCCAAACCACACGUGCACUUCCUGAAGAACGGACGAAUGUACGCCAAGAACCACGAGUUGCGUUUCACAGACCUGACGUUUGAUGAUUCAGGGAUGUAUCAGUGUAUCGCUGAGAACCGUCACGGCACGAUAUACGCCAACGCCGAGCUGCGGGUGUUCGCCGGCGCUCCUUCAUUUGAGAGGAACCCAGUGAAACCCAAACUUCUGGGGGCCAAAAACGGGCGCGUGGUGAUUGACUGCAAACCCCGAGCAGCGCCCCGGCCGAGCAUCUCCUGGAGCAAAGGAAGUGAGCUCCUGCACAACUCCAGCAGGAUCUUCAUUCGGCCGGACGGGAGUCUAGAGCUUCUGAACAUCACCAGAUCAGACGAAGGUGAAUACACCUGUUCAGCAGAGAACGAGCGCGGCCGAGUGAACAGCAGCGGAUCUCUGUCAGUCACCGACGCCACAAAGAUCUCUCUGGCCCCGUCCAGUGCUGACAUCAGCGUGGGCCAGAGUACCAGGAUGCAGUGCGCCGCAUCACAUGACCCCAGCCUCGACCUCAGCUUCAUCUGGUCCCUCGACACACACCUCAUCGACUUCGACCGAGACAGAGAGCACUACGAGCACAAAAUGGAUGUUAAUCAGGAUGGGACGUCCAGCUCAGAGCUGUUGAUCAGUAACACACAGCUGAGACACGCCGGACGUUACAGCUGUACAGCACAGACGCCGGUGGACAACAUCACGGCCUCCGCGCAGCUGCUGGUCAGAGGUCCUCCUGGUCCUCCUGUAGGUGUGCGAGUGGACGAGGUGAUGACCAGCAGUGUGAGGGUCACCUGGAGUCACGGCACAGAUAACUUGAGUCCCAUCUCCAAAUACAGCGUCCAGUACAGAGACGUGCGAGCGCAGCAGGACUGGAGAGACGCCUCCACCUCUCCAGUGGAUGUGGAGGGAUCUGCAGACAUGGUCAGCGUGGUCAAUCUGACGCCCUGGACAGAGUAUGAGUUCAGGGUCAUCGCCACCAACACACUGGGCACCGGACCCCCCAGUGACCCCUCGCCCAGAAUCACCACCAGAGAAACCAGGCCGGUUGUGUCUCCGUCAGACAUCGCUGGAGGAGGAGAAGCCAGUCGUGAGCUCACCAUCACAUGGACGCCGGUCCAGCCACAGUACUACUACGGCAGUAAUUUUGGCUACAUCAUCGCCUUCAAGCCUCAUAAUGACCCCGAGUGGAUGAGGGUGACGGUGACAGAUCCACAGGCACGAAAGUAUGUCCACAAAGACCCGAAAAUCCCCCCGUCCACCAGGUUUGAGGUGAAGAUGAAGGUCUUCAACAGUCAGGGUGAAGGGCCGUUCAGUGUCAGCUCCUUCAUCUACUCCUCUCAGGAUGUUCCUGCAGAAGCUCCCAGCAUCAUCGAGGCGAGGACGCUGUCUGCCACAGAAGCCGUCGUGUCCUGGAUACCUCUACAGCUGCAGACGGUUGAAGGAUACCAGGUCCGGUACUGGAGGGAGUCGGUGGAGAACGAGGCGUCUGCGCAGCGUGUUCUGGUGUCCAGUGGAGAAAACCACACGCGUCUGGACAACAUGAAGCCCAGCUCACAUUACCUGAUCGAGGUGCGGGCGUACAAUGGUGCUGGAUACGGACCGUCCAGCCACCGCCGCAAGAUCCACACCAGGAGAGCACCUCCUAGUCGGCCUCCUAAAAUCAUCGGCACGAAGUUGAGCUACAGCGGCACAAACAUUAACAUCGCCUGGGAGCAGGUGGAGCCGCUGGCCAACGAGUCGACGGUGGAGGGGUAUAAGGUCCUGUACAGGCCGGAGGGGCAGCCCAGCGGGUCGCUGUACACCACAGUGAAGCAGUCCAUCGAUCUGCCCAUGAAGAAGGGUGAUUACCUGGUGGAGGUGCGUGCGUACAGCGAGGGAGGAGACGGAGCCCUCGCACAAGUGCGCAUCGCAGGUGCGGCCGGUCUGGCGUCUCCAUCUCUCGGCUUCUUCUGGCUGCUCCUCACGGUUCUGUUGGGUUUGAUUCUCUGAAUGUAGUUUCAUCCUGAUUUAAUAAAGCUGAACUCUCACAGGAGGAGACCCACCAAUAUUCAGAGACCAUGAGGCUCUGACUGGACAUUCAGGACAGAGCGUGUGUUUAAUGUCUGAACAGUUCAAUAUGCCUUACAACAUCUCACAGUCUGAUCUCUCACUGAGCGCUGAUUGGUCCACACGGAGCGGAAACAGGAAGUGCUGCUUUGAGACUUCCUGUGUCUUUUGCUGACAGAUCAGUGUCUCAUGUUUGUCUUUAUAUCAUUGUCAGAUCAGUGGCUUUCUCUUAUUUCUGUGGACGGAUACAGUCAAAGCAAACCAACAAUUCACAUUCGACUCCAUUCAGCAUCCAUUCACUUAUAGAGGAUUAUUAUAUAUGCAAUAAUUUAUAGGAUAUCUGUCUAUUCAACAUUGCUUUUUAUAUUAGCAUAUCAGCGAUAGAGUUUUGUUUUAAAAUGAGGAUAUAAUUUGAAUAUCUGUAUUUAGUUCAUGUGAGGAACAUCAGCAGCUGAAUGAAACGGAUGUUUGUGUUUGGGUUUGUGUUCAUUUACAAGCUUCAGUCUCAGAAAUGUUAUGAAAUAUGAUCAGCUGAUAAACAAACAAAUACAGCGAAAGCAUUUAAGUUUUAGUGCGAUUUAAUGUGAUUUCACACUGAAUGUGUUUAGUGAACACCAGUGCUGGGUAGUGACUGAUUACAUAUAAUCUAGAUUACGUAAUCAGAUUUCAUGUAGUACUUGUAGUUAGAUUACAUUACUGCUACAGUUUUGUAAUCCGUAACAGACUAGAGUUUGUAAGUAAUCUAGCCAGCACUGGUGAACACAGACUCAUUGAGUUAUUAAUGCAUCAGAUUCAGUUACAUGGUGAAAGUUUCACAAACACUAAUUACAUUCAUUAAUAACCACAUAACUAAUGCUUCUUGAGCACAAAACUGCUUUUGUUUUGACUGUAUCAUUCAGAUCUGUGUGUCAUUGGCAGGUGAAUUGUGCUGAAUGUCAUUUAACAUUUUUAUUUUCAUAAUAAUGUUUGUUGCAGUUGCCAACUUUAAAUGAUGAUAUUCAGACAGUUUCAUCUAUUUCUGUGACUUUCAUAGUGCAGUGUUUGCUCGAAUAUAUGAUUUAUAUUCGGUUAACUCAUGAAUCUGUAUGUUUAUAAAUAGAUCAUAUGAUCUGCCAUUCAUCUGAUGAUCUCUAGAUUGUUUUAUUGAUCAGGAUUUGAAAGUUUUACUCAUCUUUGAGAAACUCCAUCAGGGUCAGAUUGUUUGUAAUGAAGCAGAGCAUUGAUUUGAUGUGUUUGAGCUGAAGUUUCUCCUCAUUUAAACCACCACUAAGUGCUUUUGCUCCUGAUGUUCAUCUGUGUGAGAGAGUUUUGCCAAAUGCAUGAAUGCCUUGAGCUUUAGCGGCCUGCAGUUAUUCAGAGGCCAGAUGCAUGAUGGGAUUGAAUGGACUGAUCGUCAUACUCGCUGGUUCAGUUCAACGAUAGGUCCGACUCUUUAACUAGACUAACCUGUCAGUUAUUACCUGCUUCAUUCAUCUCAGUCUUCAAUUAAACUUUAUAGAGACCAAA